AGGUGUGUUCAUCGAACAUUCGAGAACAUUUAGUGUGUUCGUGUGCACGAACACCAGAGCUUCUCAAAGUGUAAUAUAAGGAGACCGCAGGCGAAAAGCGGUCAUUCUAGAAAAAGAUAUCCUGGUGAGAGGUGAAACUAGCCCGAGGAAAGGUGCAGAAUAUUCGUCAAAAAGAUGUGGACAACUGCGAUACCUCUCGUUUUAGUGGUCUUUUACUUCAGCUGGUGCCUUCAGGAGGGAGCAGCCACUAUACAGUUGCUGCAGCUGGGUACAGGCACCGCUGCUACUUACGUCGCGAGUAUUACCAAUCCGGGAGCGGCCGUCGCGGCUGGGCUGGGUGGGGCUUUCGCCCUCGGAAGCUUAUCGGGGGCUUUGAACUCGUGGGGAGGCUCCUGGAGGAGGCGGAGGUACGGCCGCAGUGUUGGUGCUGAGUCUCCUUCAGUUGCUGAAGUGCACAAGGACUUGGCCUUCGAUUUAGUGGAAUCACUCGAUAGAAGUGGCUGUGCCAAGAAGCUUCUGUGCGAGCAGGCCUCCCUAGAGGCUCAAGAAGGCGAGAAGACCUCCCUAGUGGCUCAAGGGCAAGAGGGACAAGGCGACGUAGCUCCUGGAGGCGGAGGUAUCCCUGCCAGCAAAAGUGCAGAGGAAGGACUUAGUACUCUUUCGGCUGACGAAGUUGGGGAAAUGAUGCUUCUGUUCGUGAGAGAAGUUCCUUCGACAGACGACACCGCCGAGAGCUCAAAGGAGUCGUUGCGCAAGGCAGCCGCCCUUGGGGAGGGAGGGGUCAACUGCGCAGAGGAGUUUCCAGGGUGUCCUUACACCAGGAUCGAAAUGCUAAGCCUCAUGAUGACGGGGGAGAUCCUUUAGGCCUGACUGAUUAGGAUUUGGGACUGUCAUCCUUAUGUCUAUGAGGUUUUUUUUUUUUUUUUUUUUAUCCCAGGAAUGGCUGAAACAUCAUUAUAAGUCUGUGGCUAUUAUUGGUUAUUGUUGUUCUUAUAUUGCUGAUCAUUUCAUUUGUGUUUUUGUCUUUUAUUUGAUGGAAGACUGAAAAAUGACCACUUAGGCCUAAAUGCUCUGGUUGGCUGACUGAUAACUUUUACACACAUGAUUUUUUAAUUUUCAUUUUUAUUUUAUUUUCAUUUAUUUCAAGAAAGUUUAACCAGACCACUAACAGUUUGCAAGAUAAUAUACUUAUUUUUUUAUUCUGUUAGGGAAAAUACUUAGUAAUAUAUCAAUAUUAUGAUGGCAGUAUUUUUUUUUUAAUUCUCAUUUAUAUUUUUGUAGACCUAGGGAGUGUCUGGUUAAUCUAGGAGGUUACUAUGCAAUAUAUCCAAUGCACUAUCUUUUACAUUAUUUGAUGUAGAACUUAAUGCGCUAUUAUUGUUCAGCUGAAAGCAAUACUUUUACCUUUGUUUUGUUUUAAAAUAUGAUAUAGCAAACUUUAGCAAUUUGAUAAAACUUAUUGUGUCUCCCACAUAUCAAAUUUUUAUCUGUUUACUUAUUGCGCUUAUUUUUUCGAUUACAAGAGCGUCACUAAAGAAGAAGGUUUUGUCAGCUAAAAUGCAAAUUUUAUACUAGUUGCUGUUAUACAAAUACAAGAAUUCCGCUGUGGACGAACGUUGCAUUGUAAUAAGGGUUUACUAAUUACGGGAAGAACUGGUUUUCAUUAUUUUACCCUGAAUAAAAGCAUGCCUAAA